UCUCUCUCUCUUUCUGUCUCUGUCUCUGUGUCUGUCUCUGCGCGUGGCUCGUCUCUCCACGGCACCACGAUGACGACAAGGGCAACCACAGCGACAGGACAGAAGUGUGAGCAGCGAGGCUAUGGGGCAUCUUUCCCGGGGAAACAGUUUGAGGAACGUGACCACAAGGCACUUCGCCCGGGGCAGAAGUGUGAGCAGCGAGGCUAUGGGGCAUCUUUCCCGGGGAAACAGUUUGAGGAGCGUGACCACAGGGCACUUCGCCCGGGGCAGAAGUGUGAGCAGCAAGGCUAUGGGGCAUCUUUCCCGGGGAAACAGUUUGAGGAGCAUGACCACAGGGCAUCUCACCCGGGGCAGAGGUGGCUGGUGCGUGUGCUGCUUGUCUGGGUUGCCCUGCUCUCCGUGAGCCAGGCCGUCUCUCUGACCCUCCUCCUCACCCCGGCCCUGUCCACAGAGAAGGACCUGCAGAGCAUCCCUGGACGCGAGUUCACAGUGGAUUAUCACAGCAGAGGUGCAGAUUCUCGGUCCGAGGUGGAGGUGCUCCGGUGGACGGCGGAGGACGGGGCGGUGUCUUCGCCCAAGCUCGGGGAGCCGCCCGAGCACCUGCUGUUCAUGCAGGACGGGCGUUACUUCCUCUACACCCAGGUGACCCUCCAGUCGGGCGUCCCGGACAUGCCACACACCGUGCGCGUGAGGACCGCCCGGGGGAAGCUGCUGCUGGAGAGCCGCGUCACCAGAGGGGGCACCGGCGAGCCCUUCACCACGGGACUGCUGGGCAGGCAGGUGCAGCUGUCCGCCGGGGACAGCCUGUCCGUCACUUGCUACCCCCCGGCCCUCAUCAACACCACCACCACCGCCACCUACCUGGGGGUCUACCUGCUGGAGCCUCAACACCCCUAA